AUGCCUACCAACUUUGGAAUCAAUGGAUUUGGACGUAUCGGACGUCUUGUGAUGCGUGCCGCCCUGGACCAUCCUGAUGCCGAUGUUGUUGCUGUCAAUGACCCCUUCUUGUCCCCCGAGUAUGCUGCCUACCAAUUCAAGUAUGACUCUGUCCACGGACAAUACGCCGGUGAAGUUACCCAUGGAGAUGGCUGCUUGAUUGUUGGCGGAAAGACUAUUAAGUUUUUCAACGAACGCAACCCCGAAGAAAUCAAGUGGGGAGAGGCUCGAGCCGACACUGUAUGUGAAUCCACUGGUAUCUUCACCACCAUUGCCAAGGCUGAGGCUCACUUGAAGGGUGGAUGCAAGCGCGUUAUUAUUUCUGCCCCCUCUGCUGAUGCCCCCAUGUAUGUCAUGGGUGUCAACAACACUGAAUACGCCGGAGCUACCAUUAUUUCCAAUGCCUCUUGUACCACCAACUGCUUGGCUCCCCUUGCCAAGGUGUUGCACGAGGAAUUUGGAAUCGUUGAGGGUCUCAUGACCACCAUCCACGCUGCCACUGCUACCCAGAUGGUCGUUGAUGGACCCGCCAAGGGAGGAAAGGACUGGCGUGCAGGACGUUGUUCCAUGAACAACUUGAUCCCAUCCUCCACUGGAGCUGCCAAGGCUGUCGGAAAGGUCAUUCCUUCCCUCAAUGGAAAGCUGACGGGUAUGUCUGUCCGUGUCCCAACCGCCGAUGUCUCCAUGGUGGAUCUUACCUUCCGUACCGAGAAGGGUGCCUCUGGUGACGCUGUCAAGGCUGCCCUCAAGAAGGCUGCCGAGGGUCCCUUGAAGGGAAUCCUUGGAUACACUGAGCUUCCUGUUGUCUCCCAAGAUUUCGUCCACGACUCCCACAGUUCCUUUGUGGAUGGGGCCGCUGGAAUUGCCCUCAAUGAUCACUUCCACAAGGUGAUCUCCUGGUAUGACAACGAAUGGGGAUACUCCAACCGUCUUGUCGACCUUGCCAUCUUCUGCAACAGCAAGUAA